AAACAAAAUCCAUAUUAGGACAAACUCAGUUUACCGCCGUCACCGUUUGUUAUGAUUUGUUGUUGUUAUUUAUAUUUGAAUGUCAUAUGUUUGCAUUUGCAAAUAAAAGCUAGAGUUGUCAAAAUAAAAAGUUGAUGAUGUUCAUCAAUUGUAAUUUGAAGCAAAGCACGUUGUAAUUGUUUAUUUCUGUAAAUUGUGUUAUUUAGCAAUCAAUUGCGAACUUUUAAAAAUUGUUUUGAAAGAAAAUUCAAAUAAUAAAAUGUAUAUGGUUCACAAUACAAGGUGCAUAAACGUUUGAGGUGGUCAAUAAUUCUAUAUUUGCAUUGGACAGCGCAGAGUGAGACACAUUGGAUUUUGCUAAAAGUUCCUUAAGAAGUAUUACAAUAUAUUCCAUUUUAACAUGGCAACUGGUACACAGAAGGCUGUACGGCUGCUGAAAUGCUUUUGUGGUUGCUCGGAAAUGACGGAGGAUGAAGUCCGACGUAUUUAUCGCUUAAGUACACAAGAUACUUUAAAUGAUCCCCGGGCCGCAAAGAUUUUCCGCAAGUUCUUAGAACAGGAUCGUUGUGGAGAUAAAGGAGAAAUCGAAAAUUACUUGGACAUUUAUGAAUUAUGCAAUAACUAUUUAAAGGAGACUUGUCUAACAUAUGAUCAAUUAACUGCCCUCGUCGAAAUGGAAUUAAAGUACUAUUUAGAGAAGAAAUUAAAUUUGUACAUAAUGAUGCUGGAAGAAAAACAAAAGCCUGAUAUACACAUACAUGAAGUAGAACGUGAUUUGAAGCGCAUUCAAGCAGAUUAUCGUAGCGAAAUCGAAGCCAGCGAUGAGUAUAAAAAUUACAAACAAGCGAUAUUAAAUAAAUUGAAGCGAUGGACUUGAAACACGGGGACGAGGCGGAAGCGAAAACAACGAAAGUUUUAGAAAAUCUCAACUGCCUCAAACAUUUGCUUUCUUACAUCCUAACAUUUGUAAUUAUUAUAAAAUAUUUAUUUGCCUCAAGUAGUGUACCAAAAACAUCACGUUUUAUAGUUGCGAUUCCUAUUAAAUGUUGUUGAUUGAAGACAAAACACAAAUUUUUUGUUACAGUUAGAUAUUUUUAAAACGUGUCCAUUAUAUAGCGCACUAUAUAGGUAUUAUGUGUAUUGUAUUUUUUGCCAUAUUCUGCCUUAUUUGUGAAAUGUUAAGCAGGUAAUAUGGUGUUCAAUGUGCU